AAACGGACGCCAUUUGCAGGUGCAGACGCUUUCUUGUGUAGUGACGUGCGCGUUGUUUUUAAAAAGUUUUAAGUGGUUUUUAACGUCAAAUGGCUGCACAAAACAACCAGGCCCCGGAUCUUGGGGUGAAGAACGAGGAUCAAAAUCAGAAUAACCCAAACACGGGCGAUAAUCAGGGACAUCCGAAUAAGAAUUUCCAAAAUCGUGGUCGCGGCGCCGGCAGAUUUGGGGGUCGCGGCGGCAGAGGCGGCGGAAGGUUCGGCGGUCCGCAAGGACCAGAUUUACGCAUAAAACAAGAAAACUUCGGUGGCCCAAGGAAACGAGGUCCUCCGGGCGGUCCCAAUCAACCCAUUGAUGGCGGCAGGAACGACAGGAUCGGAGACCGCGACGGCGGCGAGAGAGGUCCCCGUCCCAUGAACGACAAAGUUCAGGAAAGGAUCAACCAAAUUGGCGGCCCAUCCUAUGACAUUCCACCGAUAAAUACUGCCGAGAAAAAGUUCAAUGGCAGAAAUCGUCUGUACAUCGGCAACAUUGGCAAUGAAGUUACCGAAGAGGACUUGACUGAACUGUUCAAAUCUUACGGAGAAACCAGCGAAAUAUUUUUGAACAAGGAAAAGAAUUUUGCCUUCAUCAAGUUGGAUUUCCAUUGUAAUGCCGAGAAAGCGAAGAGCGAACUGGAUGGAACAGUGCUGAAGUCCAGGAAUUUAAAAAUACGUUUCGCACCCAAUUCUACCAGUAUAAAGAUUAAGAAUCUCACACCGCAGGUCUCGAAUGAACUACUUCAUUAUGCUUUUGCUCCGUUUGGUGAGAUCGAAAGAGCGUUGGUGUGCGUCGACGAACGUGGCAAACCGACAGGUGAAGGCAUAAUAGACUUCGCCAGGAAGGGUAGUGCGCUGGCCGCCAUCCGAAAAUGUUCAGAGGGCUGCUUCUUUUUGACCGCUUCUCUGAGACCGUGCAUCGUUGAGGCGUACGAUAACGUGGACGACAACGACGGAUUUCCAGAUAAAAAUAUUAACAAAAAACAUCCGGAUUAUCAGAAGGAAAGAGAAAUCGGUCCGAGAUUCGCCAACCCCGGCUCGUUCGAACACGAAUACGGUACGAGAUGGAAACAGUUGCAUGAUCUCUACGUUCAGAAAGAGCAGGCUCUUAAAAAGGAGCUGGAAAUGGAGAAGGAGAAAUUGGAGGCACAAAUGGAAUUUGCCAGGUAUGAACAUGAAACUGAGAUGCUUAGAGAGCAACUAAGGGCAAGGGAAAUGGAUCGUGAAAGGCAGAAACGCGAAUGGGAGAUGAAGGAGAGACAGGCUGAGGAGCAACGUCAGAGAACUGAAGAACAGAUGCGUCGCCAGCAGGAGGAAAUGGAGAAUCGUAUGAUGGCUCAAGAGGAAGAAAUGCGUCGCCGCCAGCAAGAGAAUAAUCUGUUCAUGCAGGCGCACAAUUUGGAUAAUAUGCUUAACCAACAGGAGGAACAAUAUGACAUCAAUCAGACCAACAAUUACGACACACACAAUAAUAUGGCAAUGGAUCCAAAACAAUUCAUGAGCUCAUACGAGCGCAACCACAACAACCGUUUCGAAGGACGUGAUUCCAAUCACCAACGCGGUGGUGGCGGUGGUGGUCAAAAUCGUGGCCACUGGGUCAACGAUAACCGCCGUGACGAUUACCCAAAUAAAAGGCGUCGGUUUUAAUAAAUGAACACGACAAUCGAUUUUCUUGUCGGUUAGUCAAGUAUUUCUUUUUCAUUUAAUAAUAAUACGGACUUACGAGAGAAUAUUUUUCAAACUAUGUUAAUUUUUGUCUUUUAUUUUUGUGUGAAAUUUUUUAGUAUGUAAAACGUAGUUAUUUUGAAAAUAUUAUAUACAUAUACAUCUUUUUUUUAUUAUUAAUUAUUGAUUGCCAUUUACAAACUGCGCAAAUUGUAAAGUAAAUAAAUUAUGAUUUUUACAAUUGAUACAUAUUUUUUAUAAUUUACCUAAAUAGAGUAUAGAUUAGGGAAUAGCUUAUUCUCUUGAAAUUAUGCAUAUAUGUUUUGAAGUGUCAUGUGACUUUGUCGUAAAAAUACUUAGAAGAUUUAUGUCUAUUAUAUAUAAUAAUUUGGAUUAUUUAUCAUUAAAAAAUUCUGUAAUAA